GUCGCCGCCGUGUUCCUCCCACGGCGAUUCGUCUGCUCCAUUGAUCGGCCGUCCUCGCCAGCGAGAAAGCCACUGCUGAGGUUGGUUCCCUUCAUAUCUAACCCGCAAAAAGGAGAAAAAUACCACUACCACAUGGUUACGCUUCUCCAGCCAGCACGACCAUAGGUUGUUUGUUGAAAUGUCACUUCGACACCUGCUUCUCCAAGCUAGGCGGCGCUCGUGUCAGACGCCUCCGCAGCUCUCUGCAAUCCUCCAUAUAUUCUGUUCACUCUCCAUUCAACCACCCAGAACCUCCCCGGCCCAAAUCCAGCUGCCCCAAACCUCGCCUUGUUCCAAUGCCAACGCACUUGGCGCCGGCUUCCACAUUGACAUUGUUGACUCCGACCUCUGGCCUUCUUCCUUCGGCUUCUCCUCAGAACCCAUGCUGGGUGAUGAGUGUCUUGAUAGCUUCCAGGAACACGGAGAAGAAGUGUACGACUCGGAUGACGAGAUAGAUGACAUGAGAAACCGCAAGAAGCUGUUCUACAAGCUGGACAGGGGGUCCAAGGAGUUUGAGGAGAACAAUUUGCCCUUGCGGCGCAGAUGGAAGAGAGAGAAAUCCAAUUCCAAGAAUCCAUCAGAGAGCAACAAGGUGGAACCUAGCAAACCACCUCCUUUGAAGGUUCCAAAGUUGAAGGUCAAGCCUGUAGAGCGAAAAGACGACAUGGUUGAGGUGAAGAGGGACCGAGUGCCGACGUUUAACCAGAUGACUGCUCCUUACCACUACCCUUUCUGCCUAGACAUACAUGUCUCAAAGGGGUCCGUGCGUGCUUGCUUCGUUCACCGAGUGACCAGCAGAGUGGUGUCAGUUGCUCACUCCAUAUCAAAGGACAUGAAGUUUGAUCUUGGUUCAAGGAAGGGUAUCAAGGCAUGUGUGGCGGUUGGGGCGUUACUUGCGAAGCGUGCGAUAGAGGACGAUAUUCACAAUGCAAUUUAUACACCUAGAAAAGGGGACAAAAUUGAAGGAAAAAUCGAGGUUGUGCUGCGUGGAAUAAUUGAGAAUGGAGUUGAUGUGAAGGUGAAACUCAAACAAAGGAAGCUAACAAAGAAUGCGCCGGCGGUGCAGCGUGACGAGUCUCGGUGAUAACCUCACAGUUGGCCAGCAUAUAUUAACCCCUUGAUA